AUGGUCCGCAAGUCAAUAGGAGGCGGUGGUUGCUGCAAAUCGAACAGGAAGACAACUCCUAUGGGCUUUCGUCCCUGUCCCUGUAGUGACCCAGCAAAACUCUCACUCGUUACACCAUUGAGUUUCGAAACAUGCCUUUGGCAUAUUUCUCCCAACAUGUCAUCCUUAACAAAAAAACCCUAUGAACUGAGAUUUGAGCUUUCUCACUAUGAGACAAAUAGGCUUCAGGAUGCUAUUGAAUUGCAUUUGGCCUUAACUUCUGCUUGCGGUUGUGCAUUGGCUUCUUGCCUCAACGCAUCGACUGUAGAAGGUCCCAGCUCUCGGCCCUACGGAGCCUCAAGAACCUCGUCAAUAGCUGUACUCUUCUCCAUCUCACUGCGUCUGAUCGGUGCCAUUCCCACGUGUGUCGCCUCUAUUUCCUCACGAAUCUGUAUCAGUAUCAUGGCAAACACGGUUGGACCGCGCUCAUCCAGAGUGUGUUUACGAAACCAUCUUGUCGUUGCUUAA